CCCGAACAUAACUCAAUUGUCAUCUUAUAUGUCAAUGUCAAAACAAAGUAUUGUAAUCGGAGCGGAGCUAAUGAGGAAAAAAACUAAAUAAUUAAUUGUUUUCCGCGUAAAAAUAGCAAUCAACAUGUAAUAUUACGAACUCACAGUGCGCGUAAAUCACGAAAAUGGCGUUGAAUAUAGAUAGCUGUGACAGUUUGCCUCCUGACGAGGAGCCAAAACUCAAGUAUGAUCGGAUGGGCAACGACGUACAAAACAUUCUGUUGAAAGACGCAGUGAGCUGUAUUUGUGUCCAUACGAAAUUUAUAUGUUUAGGGACUCAGUGGGGUGUGAUUCACCUGUUGGACCAUGAAGGGAACACGGUGCCAUUAUCUCAAGAUGGUAAAGACAAAGAACUGCAAGCUCAUGCGAUAGCUGUGAACAGGAUAUCAGUCGAUUUGAAUGGGGACUACAUCGCGAGCUGCUCGGACGACGGCAAGGUGCUGGUGUACGGGCUGUACACGGAUGACAAUGCUCACAACUUGAACCUCGGGCGGGUAGUCAAGUCUGUGGCUUUAGAUCCUUAUUACUUCAAGUCGGGGUCCGGCAGAAGGUUUCUCACAGGCGACACCAAGCUGACGCUGUAUGAGAAGACGUUCCUGAACCGCCUGCGCAGCACCGUGCUCUGCGAGUGCGAGGGGCACGUGCAGGCCGUGGCCUGGCACGAGCGCUUCGUGGCCUGGGCCAGUGAGGUCGGAGUUCGGGUCUACGACCUGGUGGCACGCUGCUCCCUCGGCCUCAUACCCUGGGAGAAGACCAGCGUGGACUCCAUCGAGGACUACCGCUGCAACCUCCUCUGGUCUGCACCCAAGACCCUCAUGAUCGGCUGGGUGGACACCAUUAGGAUAUGCGUCAUUCGAAAACGAAGUCAAAUCGAACUGCAGACGAGAGAUGAUACGGAAUACCUCGUCGAUCCUGUCUAUACUUUCCAAACAGAUUAUUUCAUUAGUGGUCUAGGACCUUUGGAGAACCAAUUGGUACUCCUAGGGGUCCCUAAAGAGUGCGAUGCAGAAACUAUGAAAGCGCAAAGACCAGUUUUAGCGGUCGCUGACUACAAAGAUUGUGACUUCAGCGAGGUUUCAACAGAUAGUCUGAACAUAAGAGGCUACGAGGAGUACUCCUGCAAUGAUUACUAUCUAGACAUGCUUAUAGAAGAGAAUAGAUUCUUCAUAGUAUCGCCUAAGGACAUAGUGAUUGCCAGUCCAUAUGAUAUCGAUGACAGAGUCAACUGGCUAACGGAGCAUGGCCGGUAUGAGAAAGCUAUAAGUGUCUUAGAAGAAGUCGGGGGAAAAACGAAUAAACAUUCAGUAAUGACGGUUGGAGUCCAGUACUUAGAUCACUUGAUGUCUAAACACUUAUACAGCGAAGCGGCCAUAUUAUGCGCUAGGAUAUGCAAGAGCGACAAAGCAAUGUGGGAAAAACAAAUACUAAAAUUUGCUGAAGUUAAUCAACUGAGAGCGGUCAGCGCGUACGUCCCUAAAACACCUGAGAAAGCCCUCAGUUCUCAUCUAUACGAGUUAAUCAUUUAUGAAUACCUCAAAGUGGAUCCUCCCGGAUUCCUCAAAGUUGUCCAGGAGUGGAACCCUGGGUUGUACAAGACGGGAAUAAUCGUAAAAGCUGUACUAGAACACAUUCUUACCACCGAAGUAGAUAAGAAUAUCUAUUUAGAAGCACUCGCUUUACUCUAUUGCCAUCAAAAGAAAUACGAUAAAGCUUUAACCACGUACUUAACACUCGGCCAUAAGGACGUCUUCACACUAAUAACAACGUAUAAAAUGUACAACGUCAUACACAAUAAGAUUUUGGAACUAAUGACACUCGACUGUGAUAAAACUCUUUCUAUUCUUGUCAACUCACGCGAUAAAAUACCUGUAGAAGUUGUUAAGAGACAAUUAGAAAAGCACGAUAUGUACCUCUUUAAAUAUCUGGACGCUUACAGUAAAGUAGAACAGAACGGAAAAUACCAUGGGGAGUUAGUGAAGCUUUACGCUAAAUAUGCAAGCGCUAAGUUACUUCCGUUUCUUAAAAGCAGCGAUAACUAUCCCAUAGAACAAGCACUAGAUAUCUGUCAAAGCAAUAAUUUCUACCCGGAAAUGGUAUUUCUACUCGGUCGAAUAGGCCGAACGCAGGAAGCUCUCCAGAUCAUAAUAGAAAAACUAAACGAUAUAAAUCAAGCGAUCACUUUCUGUCAAGAGCAUAAUGACACAGAACUUUGGACGGACUUGAUAAAACAAACCGUUGACAAGCCGGAAUAUGUUUCUCUGCUCCUCAAACGGAUAGGGAAUUACUUAGAUCCCCGAAUGCUCAUAGAAAAUAUUCAGCCUGGGUGUGAAAUAAAAGACUUAAAGGAUUCCCUUGCAAAAAUGAUGUGUGAUUACCACUUACAGCUAUCUGUUCAAGAGGCCUGCAAGCCGAUAACUUUAAAAAACUAUUUCGAGUUGCAUGAGAAAUUAAUCCUUGGGCAGCAGAAAGGAAUAUCAGUGACGGAUGAGUUUGUAUGCAGCAGCUGUCUAGGGCGGAUUAUAACUAGGGAUUUGUCGAAGGCAUCUGAUCUGAUAGUGUUUAACUGCAGGCACUCGUUCCAUAUAGAGUGUUUGAGGCAAGUGGCGCCAUCUCUGGACCAUUGCGCGGUGUGCAGCGCGAGCGCAGACGCCAGCAGAGCGUUCGGGGAUCCGAGCGGGGGCGGGGCUAACUGAACAGAAGGUGCACCUUCAAUGCUCACAGAACGAGGUACCCAUCUGUUUCUACUUAACACAGUACACCACGCGCGACAUGUGUUGCAAUAUUGCGUGUGUUGUGCUAGCCCCGUGGUAUAAAGCACCUGUCCCACCGCCGACGAGAAAACGGCACGCUAUCGACCAUUUUUUUAUUUCAGAAUUCAACUUAAAGAUGUCGAUUACGUGUGAAUAAAAGAAAUGCAUAUAUUAUUCCAUGAUCGCUUAUUGUUCACAUGGUUGUUUAGAGCUGCUAAAAAUUCGUUAAGUAUCGGCGGUGUGACAGAAGCCUAAUAAUGGUUAACGAAUUUACCUACUAAACGAACCCUAUUGGCUACUAGUAAGUCAUACAAGCUCAACCCUAGAUAGAACUGUGCAUAUUCGAAAUGUAUUCAUAUUUUUCCAUGUAAAAUUAAUUUUAUUUUGUACUAGAACUCAAUUAUAAACAAUGUACAAUCUACAACACACAAUUACAAUAUAUAAUGAUUGUACAAUGUAUAAUGUGCAAUCUGGCAAAAAAGAGUAGAAAUUAAAAAGUGGCAACACUGUAGUAUCGUCCCUUUCAAAUCAAUCUAAGAAAAACGGGACGACACUUCAGUGUUGCCACUUUUUAAUUUCUACUCUUUUUUUGCCAGACUGUACAGUGGAACAUUUAACCUUCUGGACGCCAAUGACGUAUAUAUCGGCACCGCAGGUCCAACGCCAAAGACGGAUUAAUCCGUCACAGACCACAGAGCAACAUAGACCUACGUGCAUGUGCAUAAAGUUCAAUUUCAGUUUUGACACUUCGGUACGUAGCGUCCGAGUGACAGCUUUUGUGUUUG